AAAAACAAAAUGAAGGAACUAGUGUCAAACAGCACAACCAAUAUAUCUCAAGCCAGGAAAGCUGUGGAACAAUUAAAAAUGGAAGCAUACAUGGAUAGGAUGAAGGUAUCCAAGGCUGCGGCAGAUUUAUUGGCCUAUUGUGAUGCUCACAUUGGAGAAGAUCCCCUUAUUAUUCCAGUGCCUGCAUCUGAAAAUCCCUUUAGGGAGAAGAAACUCUUUUGUACUAUCCUUUGA